UCCACAAAAAACUAUUAAUAUAAAUAAAUCCACGUCGUAAAAGAUUACGAAUGAAUACGUAAAGAAAAUCAACUUUUCAGCCUCGAUUCCUGCAUUCCAGCAUAUAAUUGACUUCAAUCGAAGAACCCAAAUUGGAAUUUCCGGAAUUUGGUUGUUUUUCUCUCUCAGGAAGUAUAUAAAGUGGACUAGAUAAAGUGACCUUAUCUUGCUGGGUUAUGCUAUAUUUGGGGGAACAAGGAGUUUUAUCUUCACUUCUUCAGUUCUCUGGUUAAAUUCAUGCUUUUGUUCGAAUUCAUCUGGGAAUUAUAUAUAAAAAAGACUGGAUUUUUGGAAGUUUUUUGUGAUAAGAAACCAAAAUGAAUGAUGCUCAAAGUAGUCUGCCUCCGUUCAUCGCGAAAACCUACGAAAUGGUCGAUGAUCCGUUAACUGAUACGAUCGUAUCAUGGAGUCACAACGAUCGGAGCUUCAUCGUUUGGAACCCACCUGAGUUUUCCGGCGAAUUGCUUCCAAGAUACUUCAAGCACAAUAAUUUCUCGAGCUUUAUCAGACAACUCAACACAUAUAGUUUUCGGAAAAUCGAUCCAGAACAAUGGGAAUUUGCAAACGAAGACUUCAUUAGAGGUCAACCACAUCUCUUGAAGAACAUCCAUAGAAAAAAGCCCGUUCAUAGUCAUUCGAUGCAGAACCUCUAUAUCCAUGGAGCUUCUUCAUCUUCUAACGCUUCUCCAUUAACCGAAUCAGAAAGAAUCCGAUACAACGAGGAGAUUUACAGGCUGCAUUACGAGAAACAAUCGUUGUCAUUAGAGUUUCAAACGCAGCAACAAGAACAAAACGAGAUCGAAUCAACGGCACGUUGGUUGACGGAGCGGUUAAAAUCCGCCGGAAAAAACCAAAAAUAUAUCCUGUGUACUCUGGAUCAAAUUCUGCAAAAACCAUUGAAUACAUGCGAUUUUACUCCUCAAGUCCCCGAUAAUAACGAUCGUAAGAGGCGACUUUCGGCUGAACCUCACAACGAUCAGUCAUGUCCUUGUAACAUCCCGAUCUCCGAGACGCUAACUACAAACACCCUUUUGGCGUUGGAUCUAGAAUUGGUGGAGCAAUUAGAAUCUUCUCUGAUGUUUUGCGAGAACUUAUUGACGGAAGUUCAGGAGACUCUUGACCGGAAAAAAUGGCUGCCGGAGUCGGAGCAGGAACCUGCAAGUUCUGAACUGAACACAGUGGCCGGAAGCGAAGAAGAAGAAGAAGGAAGUGGGAACAGGGGUAACGAGCAGUUAAGUGUUAAUGACGGAUUUUGGGAACAGUUUUUGACUGAGAAUCCUGGUGGUUCGACGACGGAGAAUGACCGGAGGGGAUUAGAUCAGUACGGGAAGUUUUGGUGGAAUAUGAAGAGUGUAAAUAGUCUUGCAGAUCAAAUGGGGCAACUUGCUCAAGCAGAAAGAACGUAAAAUUAUAUAGUGUAUAGAAUAUAGAUAGUUUUUGUAUAAUUGUGUUUCAGUUUUGAAGAUUUAUCUUGUUUCCCUAUAGGGGG